AUGGUCACUUUUACACAACUCGCGGCUAGCGCUCUCCUGGCCGCUUCGACCAUCUCAGGCGCCGCCGUGAAGCCUCGCCUUGCACACGACAAGGUCAAGCCCUUUGACCAGGCUGUACCCGCUGGUCUUUUGGGCCAGCAGUAUCUGCGAUACAAGCCCUUUUUGCAGGUAAUCUCGGGUUGUCUGCCAUUCCCAGCCGUGGACCCUCAGGGCAACGUCAACGAUGGGCUAGACAAAGGCGAUGGCGAUCAAUCGAACGAAUGCGAUUUUGGAAAAGGCCAAGUCUAUGUGCGUAGCGCUGAGCGCAACGGCAAGUUUGCCAUCAUGUACUCGUGGUACUUCCCCAAGGAUGUGCCGUCCGUCGGCCUUGGACAUCGCCACGAUUGGGAGAAUAUUGUGCUGUGGUUCUCUGACAGCAGCGCCAACGCAACAUACAUUGGCACGGCGAUCCAGGAACACGGCAAAUAUGAUCACAAGUACAAGGCUGGAGACAACAAGAUGCACUUUGACGGCGACAGACCGCUGAUUAGCUACCGUAAUGUGUGGCCGCUGGACCACCAUCUCGACACAACAGACCGCGAGGGCUCCGAGCAGCCAUUAAUUGCGUACGAGAAACUCACGGAUGUUGCCUUCAAGGCCAUGGACAAGUACGACUUUGGAGAGGCUGAUUUCCCGUUUGGUACCAAGAAUUUUGACAACAAUAUUGCCAACUCGCAAAUGUAA